GCCUUCUAGCCGUCCCCUCCCACUAAUGCAGCAUCACCCUGUGAAUUACAUUAGGGUGGUUUUCCCCCCAGCCUCGGGCUUUGUUUGGGUUUGAUUGUGUUUGGCUCUUCGCUAAGCUGAUUUAUGCAGCAGAGCCCCAUCCGCUGGAGAGAAACAAAAGCUCUUUUCUUUGUCCUGAGCGGACUGUGGAGCUCUUACUCGCUUCGCUGCCUCGGGCCAUCGGCUUGUCCGAGGAGGUGCAUUUGGUUGAGAACGCCGAGCCGGCUGUGCGGAGCUGGGAGGGCCGCAGGGGCCCUGAGAUGCACAGAGCUGUUCAGGCCCGCGUACCUGUAUCGUCUACUCGGAGCCCCUGGGUGGGUCAGACCGGCCUGUGGAAAAGGUCCUAGAGAUUCUCAGCCCGCGGGCCCCAAGGUGCGCCCCCAAGUCGCGAGCGCACGUCAGGAAAGCGGCCAGGCAGCGGGCGCGGGGCGGGCUGCUUUGCAUUAUGUGCGGCUUGGCCCUGGCUUUUCUGACUGCUGCACUGCUCUGUCUGCACAGCUGCCAGCGAGGUCCUGCCUUGGUUCUCCGGGCGGCCUGGCUGUUUUCACUUGUUUUCGGACUGGGCCAAAGUGAACACAAUAGAUGUGGCUCUUCAGAUGUGAUCUCCUGUACCAAGUGCCUCCAGCUGGGUCCAGAGUGCGGAUGGUGUGUUCACGAGGAUUUUGUUUCAGGUGGAUCAAGAAGUGAACGUUGUGAUACCAUUUCCAAUCUGAUAAACAAAGGCUGUCCAGCUGACUCGGUAGAAUACCUGUCAGUGCGCAUAGUCACACCAAAUGAGAAUGAAAUCAAUACCCAAGUGACACCAGGAGAAGUCUCGAUCCAGCUGCAUCCAGGAGCUGAAGCUAAUUUUAUGUUAAAAAUCCGUCCUCUGAAGAAAUAUCCUGUGGAUCUUUACUACCUGGUUGAUGUGUCGGCAUCAAUGCACAAUAAUAUAGAAAAAUUGAAUUACAUUGGAAAUGAUUUAUCUAAAAAAAUGGCAUUUUUCUCCCGUGACUUCCGUCUUGGUUUUGGCUCAUACGUGGAUAAAACUGUUUCACCUUACAUUAGCAUCCACCCAGAAAGGAUCCACAAUCAGUGCAGUGACUACAAUUUAGACUGUAUGCCUCCCCACGGAUACAUCCAUGUGCUGUCUCUGACAGAAAACAUCACUGAAUUUGAAAAAGCAGUCCACAGACAAAAGAUCUCUGGAAACAUAGACACUCCUGAAGGAGGCUUUGAUGCCAUGCUCCAGGCUGCUGUCUGUGAGAGUCAUAUUGGAUGGCGAAAAGAAGCUAAAAGAUUGCUGCUGGUGAUGACAGACCAGACAUCACAUCUUGCUCUUGAUAGCAAAUUGGCAGGCAUAGUGGUGCCAAAUGACGGAAACUGCCAUCUGAAAAACAAUGUCUACGUCAAAUCUACAACCAUGGAACAUCCAUCACUGGGCCAACUUUCUGAAAAAUUAAUAGACAACAACAUAAAUGUCAUUUUUGCAGUUCAAGGAAAGCAGUUUCAUUGGUACAAGGACCUUCUACCCCUAUUGCCUGGUGCCAUUGCUGGUGAGAUAGAAUCCAAAGCUACAAAUCUCAACAAUUUAGUAGUAGAAGCCUACAAGAAACUCAUUUCAGAAGUAAAAGUGCAGGUGGAAAACCAGGUACAUGGUGUCUAUUUUAACAUCACUGCAAUCUGUCCAGAUGGGGCCAGAAAGCCAGGUGCAAUUGGAUGUGGAAAUGUGACAAGCAAUGAUGAAGUUCUUUUCAAUGUAACAGCUGUGAUGAAAACAUGUGAUGUCACAGGAGGAAAAAACUAUGCAAUAAUCAAACCUAUUGGUUUCAAUGAAACCAUGAAAGUCCACAUACAUAGAAGCUGCAAGUGUCAGUGUGGGGACCGCAGAGGGCGCAAAGGGCGGUGUGCGGAAUCAGCCCUGGAUCCCAAGUGUCCCCAGUGUGAUGACAGCAAAUGUCAUUUUGAUGAAGGCCAGUUUCCGUCUGAAACUUGCAAGUUGCAGGAGGAUCAGCCUGUCUGUAGUGGCCGAGGAGUUUGUAUCUGUGGGAAAUGUUCAUGCCACAAAACCAAGCUUGGGAGAGUGUAUGGCAGAUACUGCGAGAAGGAUGACUUUUCUUGUCCGUAUCACCAUGGAAAUGUGUGUGCUGGCCAUGGAGAGUGUGAAGGUGGCAGAUGCCAAUGCUUUAAUGGCUGGGAAGGCGAUCGGUGCCAGUGUUCAUCGGCCUUAGCACAGCACUGUGUCAAUUCCAAGGGCCAAGUUUGCAGUGGGAGAGGCACCUGUGUGUGUGGCAGGUGUGAGUGCACGGACCCCAGGAGCAUGGGCCGCCUCUGUGAGCACUGCCCAACCUGCCAUCUACCCUGCCAUGGAAACUGGAACUGUAUGCAGUGCCUUCACCCUCACAAUCUGUCUCAGGCUGUACUCCAUCAGUGUAAAACUUCCUGUGCUGUCAUGCAGCAGCAUCGUGUGGACCAAGCAUCAGAAUGUUUAUCUGGCCCAAGCUAUCUGCGAAUAUUUUUCAUCAUAUUCAUAGUCACAUUCUUGAUUGGGUUGCUUAAAGUCCUUAUCAUUAGACAGGUGAUACUACAAUGGAAUAGUAAUAAGAUAAAAUCUUCAUCAGAUUACAGAAUGUCUGCUUCUAAAAAGGAUAAACUGAUUCUGCAAAGUGUUUGCACAAGAACUGUAACCUACAGAAGGGAAAAGCCUGAGGAAAUAAAAAUGGAUAUCAGCAAACUAAAUGCUCAUGAGACAUUCAGGUGCAACUUCUAAAGAAAGAUUUUUAAAAAAUAACAAUAACAAAACAACACUGUUGGAAACUGGAUUCUUUUUUUUUUUACACAAUUGCUCCAAAAAAAAAAAAAGUAUAAUAUAUAAGGUCACAGGAAGAGACAAGUUGUUUAAGAUUGUGCCAUGAAGACUGGCAAGUGUCUUCAUAACCGUGUGACUCACACAGCUGCUGAACUUUUCAGAGAACUAUGUGUCUUACUACUGUUGGAUACUAGUGUUGUAGCACUUUACUGUAAUAUAUAACUUAUUUAGAUCAGCGUAGAAUGUAGAUCAUCUGGAAAGCACUGAUUACACUUUACAGGUACCUGUCAUCC